GAAUGAAGAGUCUGAAUGAAGGCAGGGGAUAGCUGGGAUUUAAAAAUGGGAGAGCGCGUGAAUAACUUUCCUCCCCUGCCUCAGAUUUUGAGAAUAAAACCAUGUUUCUACCAGAACAUUGAGGAGGAAAUCCCUGCUCCCCACCAGCAGUUGGUGCGCAGAGUCUACAUUCUCUGGAUGAUGUAUUCAGGCACGCUGUGCAUGAACGUGAUCGCGUGUAUUGCCUGGUGGGCCGGGGGUGGAAGUGCCACAAACUUUGGCUUCUCCCUGCUCUGGCUCAUCCUCUUCAGCCCCUGUAGUUACACCUGCUGGUUCAGACCACUCUACAAAGCCUUCAGGGCUGAUAGCUCGUUCAACUUCAUGGCCUUCUUCUUCAUAUUCUUUCUCCAGUGUGUCUUGGCCCUCAUCCAGACUAUAGGCAUAUCUAACUGGGGAACAUGCGGCUGGAUUGCCACGGUGAUGUUUUUCAGCCAAAAUGUGGGCUCCGCUAUAGUGAUGCUUAUUGCAACUCUGCUCUUCACUCUGGUGACUGCUUUAAUGGCACUGGUGCUCAUUAGGGUGCACAGACUGUACCGUGGCGGUGGCGGCAGUCUGGAGCGCGCUCAGGAGGAGUGGAGCACCGGCCUGUGGAAAAAUGCUCCAGUGAGGGAAGCAGGGUUCAACGCUGUGUCUCAGACAGCCCAGGGCCCGAGCUUGCCCCAGUACCCUGCAGCAGUGCCGAGCUAUCCUGACAACGGUCACUGGUGAUAGCCAAGCUUUGCCUCUAGAUGGAGACAGAUAGCUGGCCAUUUCUGUGGUGCACGUGAAAGUGCACAAAAGUACUGCAUCAUUUAACCUUUACAUGAAAAAAUGCAUAUAUAAUGCAUUCACAUUUUUUGAACGAGAUUGUGAGAUAUUUCAGCAGAGCUUUUUAAAGCCCUUCACUUCUGCAAAAGGGUUUUCUUCAAUAUAUACUUUUCAAUUUCAGUUUUGUUUACACACUAAUAGAUUUUAUUUUAUUUUCAAAAGAAAUUAGCUUAAGAAGACAUAUGUCAUGUAAACACACGAUUGGACACUCAGAAAACAGAUUUGUGAUAUUAUGUCAAGGACAUGUGCCUUAUGGACAUUGGUGUGACGAGUGUUUUGUGUGUUGACAGCUAGGCAGCGUAGAGAGCUGAGAAAUAGGGUUGUUUAUUUUUUUAUUUUGAAACAAUAGUCUUAAAACUGCACGAUUUUUUUUUUUUUUGGGAUGAACUAUUCUGUUUGUGUAUUCCAGUUUAGCUUUUAUUCAUUGUGCUUGAUAUCUUCACGCUUGUCUGCUUUAGCUUUCUUGAAAUGUGCCUUGCUAUUACGUGCACAUUAUCACGCAUGUGAUAAAAUGACUGUCGCCUUAAUGAUUGCUUUUUUAAAAACUGGAUUCAUGCUUCAGUGAAGCAACAUGUGAAAACAUUUCAAAAAUUGUUGGUGCACGAUCCUCCUUUGUGAUUGGUCAGUGAGCACCUGAUGUGCCAUAACACCUGUACAACGCCCUAAGUUGACACGUGUUGUUCUCUGCUUUAGUAUUUCUCAGUUUCUAUGUUUCCAAAUCGCCACUGUUUGCUUUUAGUGGUCAGUGCCCUGCUGUGAAACACCUUAUCAGCUGUUGUCACUGUUCCACCCACUUUUCCCUCAGAUAAAUUUUGUGUUUAGUGACUGCUGUGACUGUUUGCAUGCAGUUAAUCAUGGGUGGAGAACUAAAUAGGAUUUGUCAUUUCAAAUAUAUUGACAUCAUGUAACUAAUAUAAACUGACUCAAACAUCUCAACUGACUCAAAGAAAAAAAGAUUUAACUGCACUAAGGUGAAAUCUUGCAUGUGUCACUGUAUGAUAAUGAAUUCCAUCAAAGUGAAAAAUCUGAUCAAAACCUUUGGAUGUGGCUUUGAAUGCAGGUUAAUUUACAGCUCACUUUGAUUUAGUUUCAAUCAUCAAAUCAAAGUUAUAUGAAGCACGAGCACCAACUGGAAGGAAAUGGUGUCCGUCUCAUACUAUUUUUUUUUUGUUACAAAGUGUCCUUCAUGGCCGACUGCCAAAUGUAGUAUUUUGUUUUUCUCUGUUCUUUGAUAAGUGACAAACUAUUACAGAUGUUAAAAUAAUCUUUAAAUAUUGCAGCAUUUCAAUAAAUAUUCUUACUCA